CCGAGCUGAGAGAGAAUAGUGGUGGUCGUGAAAAGUAGGAUGCCUUACGGAGGAAAGCUCCACAAACUGUGAUUCACGGCAGUGGACUUCUUAAACUUCGUCAGAGUUACUUCACUGUUACUUCACAGUUACCUCAGAUACUUCAGAGUUACUUCAGAGGUGCUUCAGAAUUACUUCAGAGUUAUUCCAAGAGUUACUUUAGAGUUACUAUCAGAGUUACUUCAGAGUUACCUCACCUCAGAGCAGAGUUACUUCAGAGUUAGUUAAUUCAGAGUUACUUCAGAGUUAAUUCAGAGUUAAUUCAGAGUUAAUUUAGAGUUAAUUCAGAGUUACUAUACUUGAGAGUUACUUGAGAGUUACUUGAGAGUUACUUGAGAGUUACUUGAGAGUUGCAUGAGAGUUACUUCAUCGUCAAUUGAUGACACAUUCAUCUGAAGAGGGGGGUAGUCUUGUCUAUUUUGGCUCUCUGGGAUCAUGAUGAAAGUGCUACUACUCAGUUUGCAAUCUUAUCAGAACUAAAUUAAUUGACUAUUUGGAAUCUUGGAUCGAGGCAAUUAUCUGCUGUUUUGGAUAAUAUCUAAAUACUAAACAGUAAAUAAUUACUUGGAUCCACCCAAGUAAUUGGAUAUUUUGGAAAAGAAAAAAAGAAAAAAAAGUAAUUGGAUAUUUCAGCAUAUUUGAAGAUAUCCAGCUAGUUAUCAAUUUGCAAGUUGCUUCCCCCUCGUGUGAUCGAAGUGUUUGAGAAAAAAAGAGACAUGGCAGAGCAGAAGUCAACGCCGUCGGUGUCUCCAUCCUCUCCCUCCUCGAGGCAUGGAGGUUCACGGAGAAGGAACGUCCCUGGAAGGGUGUGCAUCCCAGUCCACACCUCGUUGGCACUGGUGUUGAUUUUGAUGGCUGUCAUCGGGUACCUAUGUGACAUGAAUAAGUAUGCGGUUGUUGCGCUUUCAGAGCCAAAGGUGACCAGUAGCGGUCUGCUGUCUGCGAAAGAGAAUGGUUCUCUCUCCCAAGGCCAUGGUGAUGUUGAUGGCCAUGGGAAAGUUGCGAUCGAGCGAGCAGGAGUAACUGUCGACUCUGUGAUUAGCAGCAGCGCACGAUCGGCGUCGGAAUCGGAGGCCGUAUCGGCGUCUCUCAAGUCGAAAACACCGCUACCGCCGUACGGAAGUCCGGAGUACUUAGCUAUAUUUGUCCAGAUGAACGCCAAGCACAAUCGCUGGAUCCUGUCUCCAUUCAUUCCGCAAAAGACACUGCAAUGCAUUCCCCACCCGCUGCAGUCUUGGAUGCGAAACUUGUUAUCGGGAACAGCAAUGUACUUCAUUUUGUCGGGGCUGUGGUCCUGGUACGUGUAUGUUGUGCGAGGACACGUCUACUUCCCGGACGGCGGCGUUCCCCGGACAGAGGACAUGCUCAAGCAGAUCCGUGUGUCGAUCGUGUCGAUGCCGAUCUACUCCGCGCUGCCGACAUUGUCAGAGUACAUGAUUGAACAGGGAUGGACAAAGUCUUAUCAUAGCAUCAACGAAGUGGGAUGGCCGACGUAUUUCCUGCUGCUUGUCCUCUACUUCCUUGUGAUUGAAUUUGCCGUGUACUGGGUGCACAGGAUUCUUCACGACGUCAAGUUUUUGUACGUCUACCUACACGCUACUCACCAUAUCUACAACAAGCAAAACACGUUGUCGCCAUUUGCAGGACUGGCUUUCAACCCCUUUGAUGGAAUAGCACAAGCUUCGCCAUAUGUCCUAGCUCUGUUCAUAUUGCCUAUUCAUGCUAUGACGCACGAGCUCGCUUUGUUCUUCUCGGGCGUUUGGGCAACGAACAUCCACGACUGCAUUCAUGGCAAUGUUUGGCCAGUUAUGGGAGCAGGGUACCAUACCAUACACCAUACCACUUACAAGCACAACUAUGGCCACUAUACGAUCGUGAUGGACUGGAUUAUGGGAACCUUGAGGGACCCCUUGAAGCAGAAAGCGCCCGGGAAGGGGAAAGAAAAGGGGGCAGGCAUCAAAGCAGAGUAAUAUACCUUCAGCCACUCAACCAUACCUUCUGGGGAAACUACAAGAGUUGAACCCGUGACUUCUGGCAUGAGUGACGUAGAUCAAGAUCAAGAUCAAGGAGGAGCAACAUGAGGAGAAGCAAAUAUGUGCCCUGGAGGCCUGCUUGAAAGAAGAGGCAUGGGGGACACCUUCUGUCCUGUGGCAGGAUGGCUUCGUCGUCUCUGGUGGGUCAUCAUCGUUUUUUUGAACUUUUUUCACUUACCCAUAGUUGUUGUCGUCUAUGUUGUCGUGUGACUAAUGCUUAGUGCCGGCUAUAUUCUAAGACUAAUUGCCAUUGGCGGGUUUGUUCUUAAGGUGGAUGACCAUUGACUAACCAAUAGCCAUUGUCAAUAGUCAUGUCUACAAUCGACAAUGGAUAUUGGCUUUUGGCUAUUAGUCAGCCUAAUGUCUGACCAAUAGCCAUUGUCAAUGUCAAUAGGCAUGUCUGUAAUUGACAAUGGCAAUUGGCUUUUGGCUAUUUGUCAGGCUGAUGCCUGACAAAUAGCCAUUGUCAAUAGUCAUGUCUGCAAAAAAUUGACAAUGGCUAUUGGUCAAGCUGAUGUCUGACCAAUAGCCAUUGUCAAUAGUUGUGUCUGCAAUUGACAAUGACUAUUGGCUUUUGGCUAUUGGUCAGGCUGAUGUCUGACCAAUAGCAGAGAUGUAAGCAAUCAAUUGACCGAUAGGCUAUAGCCUUUUUUUUUUUUUUAUCUAUUCAGAAGUUCAGAGUCUUUCAGACUAACUAAGCCUCGUCAAUGGCUAAGGGUCCGACUGCCACACCAGUCUGCGGCUCUCCGUCGUUUCAGCCUGCUGAGUGCUUGCUGACAGGCUUCCAACUCAGCUCUAGAUGGUAUUAUGGUCAGAUGCAUCCUGGUGUGGACGUGAUUCCAGUCAGAUUCAUUUAGAAAAGUGCUAGUGUGAGUAUGCUCUGAAUCAUUCCGGUUUUCAUUAGCAGUGAACGACAUGACAGGAUGGAAAGGAGAUAGAUGUGAGCGGGCCUAGCUACACCCACAAACUGUCGAAAUAUAGACCUGAGUUUGAAUCCAGAGGAACUACGUGAAUACCAUGACAUAGAAUGAGAUAGAUAUUAGUGAAUUGCAUUUCCUGAUACGAAGGGGAGAGAGCGACUAGUGAAUCCAAAGGCACGUGGACAAAAAAGGAAAAAAAGAAGAAGAAGAAGAAGAAGAAAGGCACGUGGAUGUCGACAUUCCUGCAGGCUGGCUGUCAGGCUGGCCAGGUAGCAGCGGCGACAGACUUUGAAGCGCUGUUGUUAUCGUGGUGGUGGUGGUUUCGAAUCCAAGUGGAGAAGUUGUAUUAUGAGAAUCAAGGUAUAGAGGUGACAGAACGACUAAAGAAACGAACUGUAGAAAACAUCUCUGAUCUAAUAGAAGUAAGUUCAAGUAACUAUUUCGUCGUAGUCGACCUAACUAACACUAAUGGCAUUAUGGCACUGAGGUAUUUUAGCGCAUUCGUGAUUCAUCUUGUCUUGAUUUAACUCUUGAUUUAACUCAAUACGGAUUUGACCGAUAGCUAACACAGAAGGUUAUCGGUACGUUAACUAAGAGAUGACACACUGAUGUACAGGACGGCGCAACUGUUUACCUGGCAUAGUUUUUUGCGACUCUUUCGAUUCGAGACAACUGACUCGUCAGAGAUAUUUGUCAUCAUCAAUGGCAUGUUGGAGCAGACAUCGAUGGCAUUUUUAGUUCCUCGGGAACGUUCGUUAAACGAUGCGAACUGGCUGAUCAGAGAUAUUUACCAGGCAUGUUGGAGCUGACAUCAACGGCAUUCUUAGUGCUCGGGAAAGUUGUUGGUGAAAUGACUAGUAGCUGCUAGUUUUCUGCACUAAAUAACUAAGUGUUUUUUUUAAUCUUUUUUCCCUAUUUGGCAAAAGAUAGGGUUAUUACACCAUCAUCUAGUAAAUUGUUUAGAUCUGG